AUGACUACGACCGCCGGCGCAAGCCUCGCUCAUGACCCUUCAGCUGGCGACAUGUACGACCCGGAUGAGGUAUUCCCACAGAACAGUCCCUUGAUGAAACCCUACCGCCCCAAGCUCGAACCUUCGCCCUCCCCGCCGGCUGUGACUCUUCCUCAAGUCAGUCUUUCUCUCAGUCCUGGUCGAAAGUCUUCUAACGGUCGACGCAAGAUCCAGCCCAGCCGAGGCGAUGCCGUUCUGAUCUAUCACCUCGAUGGUGGAAAGCACCCAGAGAUCGCCACCGAAGCUGGGUUCCGACCUCUAACCCACGCCCACUCCGAAGACGGCGAAGACCAGUGCGGCAGUGACACGGAAGAUACCUUCGAUGACUCGGGGGAUGAGGAGGAGGAUAUCAGAAGCAAUGAAAUGUCGCCCGUUCCUGCGCCAGCGCCACGCCCUGCCAAAACUGUCGCCAAGUUAUCCGGGCCGGGUCUGAUAGACUUGCGAUUCUUGGCGGCGAGCGCGACGAAUGCGCUCGCCGCCGCCGCCAACAGUGUUGUCUCGGAGCCGACAGACGCAGAAGAACCCCGGAGGCUGAGCGUUGACGCGCGGGUUGCGAGAAGAGCAGGGCCGCUGGAGAGUUUGGUGGUGAAUGGGACAAGAGAAGAAGAUGUCACGAUGAAGGAUACAAUGAGACCUGUGCUAGCUGCGCCCAUAUCACCUUAUCCGUCACAGGGUUCACAAGAGCUGUAUUCUCCUCGACAACAUCCUCUGGGGCAGGUCCUGAUGCAUCCAAACGAUGUCAGGUCGCCAACUAGCCUAACGCCGGGCGGUCAUGGGGACUUACCACCAAUUCAAGUCGCCUCUCCCCAGUCUGAUACGGCCAGCCAUGACACUCUCCCUCCCAUAAGAUCGCACUUGUUCGAACAACUCAGCGGUCCAGCGAAGGAUAUAGCCAUGCGCAAUGGAACUCAGUUCCCCCAUUCACCACCAGCUGGCCCGCCACGCAUGGGGGGGUUGCCUAUAGGUCAUUCAUCACCACCGAUAUCGCCAAACGAGGUUUAUCGACAUAGCAUGCCCUCUCCAGCUCAAACCAUUCCCGGCAUCAUGAGUCCAUACUACUAUUCCAGCGCUAGCAGCACAAGCCAUCACCGCUCUGGGCCAGAUUAUAGUAGCAGCAAUACCGAGACGCCAAAUACCGAAGUGUUAACCCCAGCUACUUCGAUCACGGACAGGAUGAGUAUCGACAACAUGACGAAUCCACAGGUUGGCCAGUUUAUCUGCACGUUCCACGGGUGUAAUGCGCAACCCUUCCAAACACAGUACCUACUAAACUCACACGCAAACGUACAUUCCUCUGCGCGACCGCAUUACUGUUCUGUGAGAGGAUGCCCGCGGAGCGAGGGCGGCAAAGGCUUCAAGCGCAAGAACGAGAUGAUUCGACAUGGCCUCGUCCACGAUUCACCAGGUUACGUGUGCCCGUUCUGUCCAGAUCGAGAGCACAAAUAUCCGAGGCCGGAUAAUCUGCAACGGUACGUACGACAUUGGUUCUUGGGACUACUAAAUGUCCGCCGGACAUAG